UGAUUCAGGCGCAGUUGAUGCAUCUUUGCACAAUUUAGAAACUCUUAUUAUGUGAUCUCGGAAAAAAAUUUGAAAUGUAAAAAUUAUGUCAUUGCGUAGAUUUGGCUUCAAGUGGCAGAGAAACUAGCAGAGGAGCAGCAGGAAAGUUAUCACGCACAAAGGAAACGUUGGAAAGCAUCGUACGAGGGUGAAAAUAGAGAGUGCAAAGAGUGCAAAAAGAGUAUUUUAAUUAAUUGUGAUUAAUUUAAUAAGAAUAUAUUCAGUUAUAAAAUUGAGCAAUUCAUUUCUGAAAAUCAAACAAAGAGUGCAUGCUGUGACGGCAAGAUGCUCGAAUGCAGAUCCAUAUUUUACCGCUUUCUUCGCGGAACGCAUUAAGACGAUGUUUCUGAUUCAUUUCAGCGAGUUAGAUCAAACUUAAAUGGAUACAAAGACAAACUCCUGAAUUAAUCAAAUCGCUCUCGCAGAUCAUGUCCAACAGUGCGACCCCCAAAUGAAAUAGAAAACGUGAUUGAGGAUUGGGUUUUGGCGCUUGCUAUCGCUGGUGGGAUUAUGGCUCUAAAUUUAAUUCUUAAUGGGGUCAAUAUUCUGUCUUGUCUGGUGCUACAGAAAACGGUAAAUAGCAUUCUCGAAAAAAAAACUUGAUCGACGUUUUUUUAAAUUAUUUAUUUAAAAGUUGCAGUAAGACACACGGCAAGCGUUCAAAAUGCACUGUUCUGCUUCUCCUGAAACAAAAAUGUUUUCUUUCAAUUUUUAAAACAUUUCAAUUUGAAAAAUACAGGAGUAUAGGAGGUUGAAAAUACUAUAGAAAUAAACUUUUUUUAUAAAAAUGGAUAAGUUUCGAUGAACAAAAUCACAAAUUUCCAUGUUUGGUGUAUAGCCUUGCUUGACAGGCUUGAAUCUACCGCGAGAGAGAAUCUUUCAAUGCACUUGGUAUUGAACUGUUUUUAAAUUAUUAAGAACAAAUUUGAAACUGCUGGUUUUGUUCUUUUAAAAUAAGAGCAUACUUUUGGAUAGCGCAGAAUGUAAAUUGUAACCAAGGAUUCUACAAUUUUUGCUGAAAAGAUUACCGAGCUAAUUGUAAGACAAAAAGAGUCUUAUCUUUUCAAGUAAAUAAAGUUUAAACUGUAAUAAUGUCUAUAAAAUAUAUAAAAGAAGACCUAAUUCAGGAACAAGACGGUGCAGCAAUAAACUAAUGUUGUUUAUCAGAUAAUUUUGUAUAUCUUUUGAGCUAUACACGUCACACAGCGUCGUCGGGAUAAUCUCAUUUUAAGUGAUUCGCGUCACGCUCAUUCAGUUGAUGAAUCUUGCAUUGGCCAUUUUAGCAGACUCGCAUCGGAGCUCACUUAUGAUCUCAGACAAGCAAUGAUCAAUUUCAAAUAUUUGGUUUUUGCAUCAGGAGUUUUGUGCGUGGCUUUCGCAUUGAAUGGCAGUACAGAAAUCGACAGUGACAAAAAAGUUUCCUAUUACGCAAAGGACGUGCUAUCGAAGAAAAAUCCGAAAGAAUGGUGCGAGGAAGGCACUUACGAAAAUGAAAAUGGAGAAUGCAAAGAAUGCAAGAGUUACUUGGACAACUGCAGGUCAACAAAAGAGUGUUGCGACGGCAAUUUUCUUGAAUGCAACAAUAAUUAUUGCUUAUGUCCAGAUGAAACGGUUUGGAACGAUCGUUUCGAUGAAUGUCAAUCAUAUCCAACACUGCCCUCUAUGAUUGAUAAAGUGAAUACAGGCUGGGCUUUGGCCCUCGCAAUCAGUGCUGGCAUAGUGGGACUUGCAAUUAUUCUUGUGGCAACGUUUCUUCUCAUCAGAUGUCACAAAACAAGGAAGUCGCAAAGGUCUGUGGCCGUGUUGCGCGUUCCAAUUUCAGCAUUCAGUCCGUCGGCCCCUCCGCCGCCCCCGAGCAGCAGCGUCGCUUUAACCAUCCCGGUCGAUCAGUUGUAUCCAUCAUUAACAGGAGUCUCAUCACCUUCAGCGAGCCAAAUCCACCCCCAAGUGGACAACAAUGCACCACCCCCAACUUACGAAGAAGUCGUGCAAAAGAGAUUUCAAAAGCUAUAAAAUCUUUCCCUCCAUUACUUCUCAAAUGCAACACCAACCAAUUUCUUGAGCAAGAAACGGAAGUUUAUUUUGAAAAUAUUUGAAGUAAAUAUGAAGGAAUUAAUGGAAUAAAAUAUAACGUCGGAGAAAUUAAAUUUAUGUCAGUAUAUCUGUGGCUUCCAAAAUAAACAUAUAUUUAUUCUGUGUUCUAAAAAAUAUUCAACUGACAUUGAGUUCCAAUAAAGAUCAUUUGAAGAACUUCAUGAAUGAAAUUUGUCUAAAUGUGACGCCUAACAUGCGUUAUGGUUUUUCAAAUAAGUGAUCUUGGUGAAGCAAACUUUACAAGUAUUGAUUUUGAACGUUAUAGCCGCUGAUUCAAAACAAUAUUCUCGGCUAACCAAUGGAAUCUUUACCACCUCUAAAUUAUCCUUAACUAGAAAUUUAUAAUUUUAUAUUAUAUAUUGUCAAUACAUUCAUGUUAUUAAUAAAGUCGUCAAAAUUGUAUAAACAUGUGAGAAAAGGCCAGCAUACUUGGCAAACAUCUCAUUAAGACUUUACCCAGGAGGGCGAAGCCGGCAUGGGCCUGUACUAGAAGAGUAACAAAAGGGAUUAUUUGUUUAUCAGUUAAUUCGUCUUGGAAAUUUUAGCAGACUCGCCUUGCAGUUUGCAGUGCUCAGUUCUCUCGAGACGUGAAAUGUUCGGUUUCAAAUACUACGUUUUUGCGUCAGGGAUUUUAUGCUGGGCUUUAUGUAGUGCAAGAACAAGGAAUGAAGCAGGAAAGUAUUUUUAAUUAAACAUAUAUAUAGUUUUGAUUUGUUCUUUUUUUUGUGAAAGUAGGAUUUCAUGAUCAAAACGAUUUUCCAAAGACGCCUCCUAAAAGAUUUUGUGGAGACGGCACGUAUGAGGAAGAAAACGGAUCUUGUGCACUCUGCAAAUCUUAUAUGGCUCGGUGCAAGUUGGAUAAAGAGUGCUGUGGCGACAACAAUAAGCUUCAAUGCACUUCCAAUUCUUGCCGCUGUCCAUUUAGUCAGGAAUGGAGCUUCUCUUUCAAAGAGUGUCGUAUUAGAUCAUAUCCAACAACUCCCCCCAUCACUAUUGAUGAUGAUGUCGACUUCUCGGACAUAUUGUUUAUCACUUCUGGGAUAUUGGGUGGAUUAAUUUCAAUAAUUUCUCUGUUCAAGUUUUGCGCUAAAUGCCACUCAGCAAGCAGUCAGCAAGAAAGGUCUGAUGACGUGUUGAAUGAGCCAAGCGCAGCAUUCAGUCCGUCAGCCCCGAUAUCGCAAGAAGUCUUUCCACCUUCAACAACUGCGCCCUAAAGAGGACAUUAUAAUGACCCACCCCCGUCCUACAACGAAACCGUGCAUAAUGAUUUGUUUUAAAGAUAAAAACUGGUUCCCAUACGUGCUUUAACAUCGACAGAUUUUAAUAUUUAUGUUUUAAAAAAUGUUUGCUUUUAAUGGCCUACAAUUUUCCGUAAAUUUUUACACUAGAUGCACACGUUGUAGAAAAAUUUAUAUAAUAUAUAAUAUAUGUAUUUAAAUUUAAAGACAGUUUUGAUUAUUUUCAAAAUAAAUGAUAAUAUGAUAUGAUAAUUUAGAACUCAAAUUUUAAGCGUGUAAGACGUUUACUUCUCAUUGGAUCUCACAAAUAUGUGCAAUUUUGGAAAAAAAAAUUGUAUGAAUUUUUUUACGGUUAAUCAAGCAUAAAAAUGCUUUCAUGUGGUCGAAUAUUCGCUCUGAAAAUGGUUUAAUUUUGUGAUUUUAAACUUCAACAAAUGUCUGACAUGCGAACAUGUGUGUAAAAAGGGAAGCUUUUUAUAUCGUUUUUGAACUGAAACAAAAUAAAAUGCAUAUUAAUAUUUCAAAAUACUCAA